AUGGCCUUCAAGUCGUUCCCGAACCGGAAGAUCUGUCGUCGGACCUACCCUUGGUUUUGUCCGACGCAGAGAUGGAACGCCCUGACCUGUAGCACAAUCGAUGACGAAUAUAUUUGGCCGGCUGGUGAGAACGACUUCGAUAGAGUUGAAUCGCAGAGGUUUCAGGGGAAUCGAGUAGUUCAUUCGGCGGCAUGCGUCAACGAACCAAGCGCUGAAAUGGCGACUGAACAUCAAAUGAUGCGAGAUUUGUCUCCAUUUGUCACUGCGAUUCCAAGUCAAGAUUCCGCGCUUGGUCUACCGCAGGUUGAGAGAUGGCACUCGCAGUUCUCUGGUAAAUAUCACGCUUAUUUCGCGUAGAUACCAAGAAUUAACUUUGCGAUGUGUGAGUUAAAGUAUGUCUUGUAGCCCUUUGCGAUCGAGACGUGUAAUUUCACUUUCGAAAUGUAUAGCAAGUUGCACCUCGCGAAAGACCUUUCAUUGACUUUACAGCGCUUUAAACUUAGUUUCGUUUAGUUUCACAAUCGGGAAUAAUGAGAUCAUUUACUUUGCUUUUGUCGCUUGUGAAUGAAGAAAAAGGGGAGCGUGCGACGCAUUUUCUCUGUUCUUUAAGCCAUUUUCCGGCCCUCAAGUCUGGUAACUAGAAACAGAGUUGGCUGUACAUCGUAAACAAUCUGAGCAAGUGAUGAAUGUUGAUCACAGGACUUCGCUAUUAAUUGAGUGUUUAAAAUGCACGCUUUGUGGUUUUAAAGACGAAAGUUUUAUAACUACUUGGUUUUGUUUAUAAGUUGUUUUUAGAUUUUUAGUUCACACUUUGGCGCGUUUUUCAGUAAACUUUGAUUCAAUUGUCAAAAUUACUUUCGCGAUCCUGGGACGCUUUCAAGUGAUUUGACGUUCGAAAAAUAACUUUACAAAGGCUUGAAUCAAAAUUAGUGUCUUUGAACAUCUGAUAUUUUCUUUUUGUCAAACAGAAUACACAAUCUGCCUUAUGACAAGCCGGCUUAUGACUGGCCCUGUGCUAAUUAAAUCUUUUUUAUUUCGAAAACAGAAACGCUCUGAACAAUGGUUUCAAGCAGUUGAAAAGACUCGUUUUUGAUUCAAGAUAAAAUAAAAGUUUGCAAUUCCACUAUUAAUUAGUCGGAGAGUAUCAAAACUCUUAUUUGCAAACCCUAGGAGUAAAUUAACGUUUACAACCUAGCUUGGAGAGGUAGCAAUAGAACUCAGUUGAAAUUCGAUUUAAUUUGUAAACUCUACUUUAUUGUGCCGUGUAAUUUGACUAAUUCUGCGUAAUUUUCUUUUCGUUGCAGUGGAAAAUCCGGCAUUGAGACUAAAUCAACCCCCAAGCGAGGAAUUUGUAACUCAUCGGCUUGACUGCACGGUAUCGAAGAAACCGCGCAAAUCUCGAAGAUCAAGUCGCCAAGAUUCACCGCCAAUGGAGGGCGAUGACUCUGAAGACAACGAAACAAGCAGAGCAACUCAUAAUGUCUUAGAACGACAGAGAAGGGAGGAUUUAAAAUGUCGUUUUCAAUUUCUUAGGGACAGCAUACCAGAGCUCGAAGAUAAUGAUAGAGCAUCUAAAGUUUUAAUCUUAAAAAAAGCGCGGGAAUACGUACAUCAGUUAUUCUUAGAAGAGGAACGUUUACUUGCUGAUAAAGAGUUAGAGCGGCAGAGGAGACUGAUUCUCCUUGACCGCCUUAGUUGUUUACGGCAAGGUUAUGGUGUAAUGUAG